GAGCGCUUUUCGGUCAUGAGGAACCCAUGGGUGCGGUUGUUCGGCCAUGGGCGCACGAAGCUGUCAACUUGCAGGCUUCAGGUGAUGGAACACUUAUCCGGGGCAGGCCGGAAGAUUAUGAAGGCCAACCAUUAUUUAGUUCGUACUGGAAGUGGAAGGAGGAUUUGAUUUGGAGCUCGGGGUGCGCUCAAAGAAGUGGAGCAGCUCAAAAGCGGCUCAGUGACUGGUCGAUCUCGCCAUCGCAGUUGCAGGGUACGUCGGUCGAAUGUCCUCGGGCUCGAUCUCGGUCUCGCACAAUUGUCCACGUGCUCUUGAUGGUCGUCUAUCCGUCGAGCGAGGGCUCUCGUGCAUCCCCCGUGUUGUGGGAGACGGUGGAUUCGGAAGCUGCGUGACAUGGCCGCGAGUGAGUGAGGCAGGCACGAGAAUGAGAAUGAGAAUGAGCGAGACCUGAAUCAGAAUUACUCGUGAAUCUCAAAAGUUUCGGAGUGCCGGGCAAUUGAUAAGCCUUCUCCUUCUUGAAGAUCUUCCUGCCACAUUCGUAACCAUAGCGCAGCGCACAGGACGGGGAGUGGUUUUGGAACAGCUUAAUUUGAGAUUUGAGAUAGAGCCAUGGGGACCACGACCCUGAGGAUCGUGUUGCCAGCGUCGUGGGCCUGUCCAAAAGCUGAAGCAAUUCAAGUCCAGAGUAAUCGGUAUCUACGUAGGCCGACGACAGUGGUGGACUUCGGAACCAAGCUGCAAUGUCGGACACAUUUAAGUCGCGCUUCUUCUUCUGUAAUUGGAAAUGUGGAGAUCCCCGGGACCUGUCAGCUGAGAAGAAGAAGAAAAUUCUUUUCUUCGCAUGGGCCGGCGAAAUGGGUCUGCAGCGCUGUGGAUUCGGUGGAGCAGGGAGAAGUCCGUCUGGAAGAAAGGGAUGCACAAUGUGAACUUGUAGAACCGCUGCGACAACUAGUGGAGCAACGAGGGGGCGAUGUCGAGUCUGCCGAUGAUCGAGAACUGUUACGGUUCCUGCGAUCAAGGUCCAUGGACAUGGACAAAGCUGCAGCCGCAUUCGUCAGUCACCAGAAAUGGAGAUCAGAGUAUGUCCCAAAGGGCAGAUUCACCGAAGCCGAUUUGCCCACCGAGCUCGACGCAAAGAAGUCAUACUGGAUAGAGCAGGACAAGAAGGGCCGUCCUGUGCUCCUCACUCUCGGCCGCAACCAUGUCUACAACAAGCAGGAUCCCGGUGAAUUUACGCGAUUCCUAGUCUAUGCACUCGACAAAGCUAUAGCAGGGGCACCUCCGAACACCCACAACUUUCUUACCGUUGUCGACCUGAAGGGAAUUGGGGUGAAGAAUUUAGACUCCAAGUCCUUGUUAGUCGCCUUCGAGGUGCUGCAGAAUCACUACCCUGACCGGAUCGACAAGAUUUUCAUGGUGAACGCGCCUUUGAUAUUCAAUGGACUCUGGAAAGUUGUGAGUAAACUCAUCGACGAAGGUACGAAGAAAAAGAUUAUAUUUCUUAACAAUAAGAACCUUACCGAGACCCUUUUAAAAGAAAUAGAUGCCGAGUUCUUGCCCAAAGACUACGGCGGUAAUGCUGACCUGCUUCUCUUGCAAGAUGCCAUUGUCUCCAAGGGGCCCGACGCUCCUCUGGAAACUGCCGACCAAUCAUCUUACCUCUGAAAAAGUCCGACCACUGUUCUGAAACUUGAGGUGGCACCAUAAAGGCACACUGCGCCGGUAGAGUUGUGUAAGGUAGGAGGAAAGUUUUGAAGCUUCGAGUGGGCAGGUAACGAGAAAGAACUGUAAAUACUGUGUAACACUUUCCAAGGAAGCGAGCUUACAUGCGAAUGUUUACAUUCCGUGACGUGUGAGUUCCAUCUUUUUAUUUCUUCUACACUGUCUAAAAUGGUAGCAAAUUAAUUAUCAAGUUUUAUGUCGAAGGGAAUUCUAGUACUUCAUCGUACCUACACAACUCCAUGAUGUGGCGAAAGAACAUAAGAACAUCAUCGGCGAGCCUAGCUCGACGAUGUAAUCUUUCACUUGUACGGAAUCAGACGGUAAGGUCGCCUGGAGACGAAAAGAAGUUUUGUUCGCAUCUGCCCGCAUCCCCCAUUUCUCCCAAAGUGCGGACAGGUAUCUAUGAAAAAAAUUUAAAAUUUUCGUACGUAUGAUACAAAUGGGUAGGUGUAUGGAGAAACUCCCACCUCCAGGUAUUUUCAGUAUGUACAAAAUCAGCAUUCAUCAAUGUAUUCCGUAAGUGGAACAUAUUUGUGUUGCUCAGCUCAUCUGAUCAGAACUCGACUUCUCUAGAUGCUUAGCGCUGGCUAGUCAGAAUCAGACAUAUCCGUCGCUUCACCAUCUGCAUCUUGCGAAGGCGAAGCCCUGACACUUUCCCCAUCAUCGGUGUCCUCAUCCGGAGCGCAAGGGAAGGAAGGGCCACCGGAACCGAAAUUGUUGUUACUGGGUACAGCUGGAAUAGUUUGAGAAGGCUGACCGUUUGAACCUUCACCCCCGGUUGAAAAGUUUUCAAUAGGAGGAGUGCUAACCAGUUUGACAUAGCUAUCUUCCAACUUUGCUAACUUCGCAAUUAUGUGUCGUUUCUCUCGUUCAAGCGCCUCCUUCACAGACAAUAGCUCCUUGCGACUCUGCUUUUGUAGUAAAUUCAUGGUCGAAGCAAGAAGCGUCUG